AUGGGGCGUAUGAUGCCAGAAGUGAAGCUGGGUUUUCGGCGGUGCAGGUGGAGGCCCCCGCCACCGAGGGCGCAUUCGCCGGGUAAGAACGGCCGGCCAAUAGGAGUCCCAGCGGUGGUCAUACCCACACGGGCACCGGGUCAGCCCGGGGACCACAACCCCGAAUCAGACCCAAGUUCCCGAUUCGGCACGUACCUGCGUGGGGUCGGAGGAAAGGAGGAACGCGGAGACAGCAUCGACGUAACAUCUCCCCAGACAGUCCCCCCCGUGGUGGAGCCCGUGUUCACCGAGGUCCGCCAGGCCCUGGGCCGGGCCUUCAGCCUGUCGUGCCGGCUGCUGCGAGCCCACCCGGCGCGGCUGCUGCACUACGAGUGGAAGCUGGGCGCCCGGCUGCUCACCGUGGGGCAGCUCCCCCCCGACCGCGACGACACCGCCUACCUGGUCAAGGCCCUGAACCGGGAGGGCUACGGGGAGUACACCUGUGACAUCAGCAGGGCCGGCGCCGGCCGCUGCACCUUCCUGGUCACAGCUCAGAUGAGCCAGUCCCGGUGGUGGGAGCAGGAGAUCUCCAUGGAGGGGAACAUCCAGAAGGGGGAGCUGCUGACCUACAACCUGACGGAGCUGGUCCAACCGGCGUCCUACCUGGUCCGCCUGACCCCCAUCACCCGCUACGGCGAGGGGGACACCACGGAACGCACCAUCACCUACACCGCUCCCGUUAACCCGCAUCUCAGGGAGUUCCAGUGCGGCUUCGAGGACGAGGCGUUGUGUCUUUUCUCUCAGGACCAAACGGACGACUUUGAUUGGACGCGUCACAGCGCCGCCACGCGGGACACCAAGUACACCCCCAACACGGGCCCGAGCACCGACCGCACCGGCGCCAAGCAGGGUUUCUACAUGUACAUCGAGACGUCGAGGCCGCGGCUGCAGGGGGACAAGGCCCGGCUGCUGUCCCCCACCUUCAACACCAACUCCAGGACGUCCUCGUCUUCCUCCUCGUCUUCCUCCGUCCCCUACUGCUUCUCCUUCUACUACCACAUGUACGGGAAGCACAUCGGAUCUUUGAACGUCUUUCUGCAUCAGAAAGGUCCACCGGUGACGGACACCUCAGUCUGGACUCUGGUUGGUAACCAAGGAGACCGGUGGCGGCAAGCCAAGGUCAACAUCCACCCGGCCGCAGCCUUCCAGGUUGUGAUGGAGGGGGUCCGGGGCGCCGGCAUCGAGGGAGACAUCGCCAUCGAUGAUGUCACCAUCGAGGAGGGGGAGUGCAAAGACCCCCCCCCCAACAGUGGGUGUCAUGUCCCUCCA